GUGUACACCGAUGAACAUGCCCUUUUUCUUACAUUCUCAAAUGACUUUCCCUUGUCGGAAAUGCAAAUUCUCAAUUACUUUAACGGGUAUUAUGGACCAUAUGUCGAAGGAGUGAAUGUGCACACGCCUAGGGAAAGAAGUGGGCAUCCUUGUUUGGAAAAAUUGCUUUUACGCAUUCCAGCCUUACUGAUGCAAAGCCAUGGAAAAAUAUAUUUCAUAGUGGAGGGCCGCCAUCUCUCCUGCAAAAG